AUGCCUCCCAAGAAAGCCGCCAGCACUGCCACUGCCACCAAAAAGGCCGCUGCCGCUGCCCCCGCUCAUCCUCCAUUCAAAGAUAUGGUCAAGGAUGCUAUUGUCAAUCUCAAAGAACGAAAUGGUAGCAGUCGCCAAGCUCUCAAGAAGUAUGUGCGCGCGAACAACAAGGUUGAUGCCAAUGCCGCCGGCUUUGAUCGUUUCUUCAACGAAGCCAUCACCAAGGGUGUCAAGGCUGGUGAUUUCGAGCAACCCAGAGGUAUGGCAUCACCACGAGAACAAAUCAGACGCAUUGCUCAUAUAGUCACAGGGUCAUCCGGUCCAGUAAAGCUGGCUAAGAAGACACCAAAGGAAGCACCAGCACCAAAGAAGACAACUCCUCCUAAGAAGGAGACUAAGGAGGUUAAGGAAACCAAAGAGCCUAAACCAAAGGCUGAGAAGAAAGAGAAGGAAGCCAAGCCAAAGGCAACUGCAACCAAGAAAGCUGCUGCUCCAAGGAAGGCACCCACCAAAGCAACGACGGCGAAGAAGGCUGCUGCACCAAAGAAGACCGAGCCCAAGGCCAAGGCAAACAGUGCAAAACCACGAGCGAAGAAGGCCACGACCACCACUAAGACAGAAGCUCCAGCACCAGCUGUAGUAGAUACACCAUCAGUGCUCAAGAAGACCAAGUCCGGGCGUGUAGCCAAGACGAAAGCUCCAGCAAAGACCAGCAAAGCCGCCACGACGAAAAAGACAGCCACACCUAAGAAGAAGUCGACGCCCAAGAAAGCAGAAGCUGCAUCGUGA